AUCAAAGAACAUGGCGGCGCCCACAGAUUUCAACAAUUGUUCUUCGCAUCGCAAAUGGUGAUGACAAUGUCACAGCUCCAUAUCGUCAGCUGACAUUUCGUUUGUAUGUCGCCCUGUAAGCUAUAAAGGUUUUGGAUACCGGUUUCGGCAGCAAUUUAUGGCAGUUGGCCAUGAACUGAAGUAUAAAUGAAACAUUAGCCUAAUCAUCUGAUCAAAACUGUAUCACCAUGCCAUGGGGACAAGUUGUCAUUGGCCCUCCAGGGUCUGGGAAAACAACAUAUUGUACUGGCAUGUCAGAAUUUCUAACUGGUCUUGGCAGAGAGGUUGCAGUGGUAAAUCUGGAUCCAGCUAAUGACACACUGCCUUACAAAUGUGCUGUGGACAUAUCUGAUCUGAUCACACUGAGUGAUGUCAUGGACAACUUGAAGCUCGGACCAAAUGGAGGACUGAUUUACUGCAUGGAAUAUCUGGAAAAGAAUUUUGAUUGGUUGAAAGAACAACUGGAGAAGGUCAAGGUGAAUUACAUAUUGUUUGAUUUCCCAGGUCAAGUGGAACUGUAUACACAUCACAACUCUGUCCGUAAUGUGUUGGCGGAACUACAGAAGUGCAGCUACAACUUAGUAGCUGUGCAUCUUGUGGACUCACACUACUGCAACGAAGCAGGCAAAUUUGUGUCAGUGUUGCUCACGUCGCUGUCAACAAUGCUGCAGAUGGAGUUGCCGCAUGUCAAUGUGUUAUCAAAGGCAGACUUGAUAGAGAAGUAUGGAAAGUUGGCAUUCAACCUUGACUUCUACACAGAGGUGCUUGAUCUCAACUAUCUACUGGACCAUCUGCAGGAUGACCCAGUGUUCCAGAAGUACAAGAAGUUAAACGAGGCCCUGAUUGGUGUGAUCCAGGACUACAGUCUGGUCUCCUUCGUCAUGCUCAACAUACAGGACAAGGAGAGCAUGCUGCGUGUGAUGAAGUCUGUGGACAAGGCUAAUGGCUAUGUGUUCGGGGACACAGAGGAGAGGAGCAUCCAGUCUCUGCUGUCGUGUGCGGUUGGGGCCGAGUUUGAAUACGACAAGAUCAAGGAUGUUAGGGAAAAGUACAUGGACACUGAUGCCGUUACAGAAGAUCAAGAUGACUUUCCAUGAUGAUAGAACUA